UUCACUGUCAGUUUGGAAGUGUAAAACAAAAUGGAUAAUGUUGGAAAGUGAUGCUGUGAAGUGGAAAAAGUGGAAAAAAUUUAUGUAAAAGUGUGCUAAACCGGUCAAAAUUAGGUAAUAAAUACAACUUCAAGUGCGUUGGGUCGAAUAAGUGAAAUACUUCAGCCAAAGGAAGUAAAUUACAAAAAUGUCUUGGCCAAACAAUUGGCAAGUCCAGCCGAAUUAUGCUGGUUAUACAACUUCAGUUCAGCCACAAGUUGCACCGAUGGGUGCAGCUGCGGUUCCGAAUUCCUAUUCUACAAUGACUCCGGAUCAGUACGCUCAGUGGCAACAAUGGCAACAAUAUCAGCAGCAGUACGCCCAAUGGCAUGCCCAAUACGGCGAGCAAUAUGCUCGUCAGAUGGGUAAACCGCUGCCGGCCGUGGCGGCGCCUAUGCCAAUGACGACGAUGGCCAUGCCGCCCAAUGUUCCUCCACCGGCGAUUAUUCCUGCGCAGAUAACGCCGACUGUACCUAUGAUGGCGGUUGCUCCACCGAUUCCAAUUGGAGCUGCACCACCACCACCGUCGGAACCUCAUCCAGACACGUUGAGUGUAGGGCAAGCCCCUGCCCCACCACCACCGGCAACAGAAGAUCCUGCAAAGGUACAGAAAACUGCGGAGGAAUUAGCUUUCGAUGAACAGUUUCGAAAGUGGGAGGAGGAGUUCGAUAACUGGAAGCGUAAAAAUGCGAAUCAUCCGGACAAAUCAACGUAUCGUGAAUAUGAGAAAAAGUUUGAAGAUUGUCGAAAGAAACUGGUCGAACGCCGUGAAUAUCUAAAAAAGAAAAGAUUAGCGGAGGCUGCUGCUGCCGCGGCCGCGCGUACUGUUGCUCCGGUGACAAGUGCUGCUACGGUUGCUCCUGUGCAGGUGGCAAAUUAUCAACAGCAGUCUCAAUACAAUCAACCACCGCCUCCUCCUCCACCUGAGGAAAGGGGUGGAAUGGAUGUCGGACUUUUUAGGAAUGCUCUCGGAGGCGGUGGUACCAACUCUGGUGGUGGAAUUCCUGGAUUAGAUUUAAUAGGCGAUGGUGGCUUUGGGGCAAAUAAGCAAGCGGACGAUGUGGUCGAAGUUAUCGAAUUGGACGAUGACAGAGAGGAGAAACCAAAUGUUCACCAGUUGAAUACGAACUUGAAUAAGCCGGCAAAUCCGGUUAACGCUCUAGCAUCCCUGUUGAAAGAUCCCAAAGUGAGUGCCCUGCUGAAUGUAAUUUCGGCAAAUGCUAACGGAGAGGGGGUAAAUUUGAGCAGUCUUGGGAAUUCAGAACUGUUACAACAAAUUCAGAAUGCGGCCGGGGCGGUUAUAAAUGCAAAUCAGAAUGGCAGCCCUGCUCUGGGAAACCAGAAUCAAAACGCUUGGCCUGUAGCACAGCCAUCGCUGGUCGAUGAACGCAGUCGUUCCUCGUUUCCUGGAGAUCAACCAUCGAUGCAUUCCGGUGACGAACGCAGUCGCGAUAUAGAUGAUUUCAGCCGUGGCUCAUUCCCCGGACCCAUGAAUAACGAUUUCAAUCGUGGCCCACCACCAGCUGUCGAUUUUAAUCGUGUUCCUCCUCCAGGUCGAAAUUUGGAUGGCUCUUUCCGAGGACCACCUGGUAACGAUUUCGGAGGCCCAAAUCAAGGCCCGCCAGGUCGUAAUUUUGGAAAUUUCAAUCAGAGCCAAUCAGGGAAUGAUUUUGCUGGUCCCAAUCGGGGCCCACCAAGUCAAGGCCCGCCAGGUCGUAAUUUCGACAAUUUCAAUCAGAAUCAGUCAGGAAAUGAGGCUAAUCGGGGUCCACCCGGUCGUAAUUUCGAUAAUUUCAACCGGAAUAAAUCAGGUAACGAAUUCGAUGGUCCUAAUUCUAAUUCUUGGGGUCCCGGUCGUAAUUUCGACGACGUCAACCAAAAUCAAUCUGAUAACGAUUUCGAUGGUCCUAAUCGGGGCCCACCAGGUUCUAAUUUUGAUCGCUCCAAUCGCGGUCAACGUGGUCGUGGUUUUGAUAAUUCUAGCCGAGGUUCGUCACAAGGUCGUAAUACUGGUGAUUUCCAACGUGGAGUACCACCUCGGGGACAGCAGUUCAACGAUUUUAAUGCAGGGCGCGAUAACAAACGAGGUUCACUACCUGGCCGCGAUUUUGAGAAUUUCAAUCGUGGUCCACCUCCAAGUCAUGAUUUCGAUGAGCGUGGUCCACCUCCAGGUCAUGAUCCCACACGUCGCCCGCCGCCUGGACUUGACAACAACAAUACCAAUCGUGGACCCCACGGACAGUUGAAUCGUGCAGAACCAAUUAAAGAUAAUGCACAAAAUUUCAAUGUCAAGGUUCCUCCUCCGCUGAUGGAUAUCGAUUUGAGUAGACCGCCACCAUUAUUCGGAUCUCAACCAGCCGUUCUGAGACCACAACGUUCUGAACAACCGUCGCCAGCUUUGAGCAGCACAUCAUCAUUAGGUGGAAAAUUACGUAAUUCGCGCUGGGGAAAUAAGGAUGAGCUAAACAUUAAACAGGAAUUGGAACCAGAACCGAUUGACAAGGUAGUUCAACCACCGAUUAAGGAAGAACCUUUCAACGGAGUUAGCCUUCCCGACGAUGAAGAUCCCAGUCUUUAUCACGAUCCAGACGAUGAUUUGCCGCUAGAUGACGAAGAGGACGAACCGUGUGCCGUUCCUAAACCAAGGUGGAUGACGGAAGAUGAAUACCAGGAGAUUUUCGAUCGCUUUGAACACGUUGAAGUUUUCGAGGAGCGCAAAUACAAAAUGGAACUGGCUAUUCGGUUACUCGAACAGAAGAAAAAAGCCGAACGAGCUGGUGGCGUAGGCAAACCACCCACCGUCGGAAGUAAACCGUCUCGUUUUGGAAGUGAACCUCCCGCCGCGGGGAAUGAGCCACUUGCAGUUCCGUUACUCAACGUUAAACCACCUGGAUUUGGACUUGAUAGUGACAGCGCUAAUAAUAACAACAAUAAUGAUAACAACAACAGUAAUUUUGACCGCUGGCAGGGUGGCAUGCCUAAACCGAUCAAGCAAGAAUCUGGAAAUUUCAAGCGAGCAAAUCCAUUUGCCAACGAGGACGAAAUCUUUCGCCCGAAGCAGGUAAUCGAUUAUUCGAACGGAGCACCGCGGGUUAUUGAUUACGGUCACAGCAGCGGUCCAAUUGGACAGAGCGAACCAGUCAGCGCGAGUGGUCAGGACUGGUUCAAUAGAGGUGGCGAUCGCGGACAACCGCAGAUGGUUCAACCCGGUGGAAGAGGAAACGAUGGCUUCCAAUUGCAACGUUUUGACUACCAUCACACCAAGCCCACCGAAGGAAACACGGACGCUUGUUAUAUUGCACCAUUUGUUGUCGACAUGCCACCUCACUACACGGCAAACUCAACCAGUCGGCUGGCCGCCAUGCAUAAUAAUCCGAAUCCGCAGGAAAGCAACCCGUGCUAUCCGAGCAAGUUUAUUCUGAUGAAUGACAAUCGUCCAAAUCGUCCCAGAACGAAACGGGGCAAGAGAGCGUCCUCGAUCAGAAAGCAGCAACAGCAAAAACAGGAUGAUGAAAAUUUGAAUCCGCUCGAUACUAGCACUACUGACGUAUCGAAUCAGCAAUUGUGUAAGAAUGACGUUCCGCUAGUGCGCCCUAGCGAUUACGAGCUGGAAAUGAAACGUGGCUCAGAAGAUUACCCGAAAAAUCUUCCCAUUAAUCCAAUCGUACUCAUCGAUGAGCUCCUGUUGCCGCCCGGAAGAUUCAAAAGGCACCCAAGAAUCUGUUUCAUUCUGAGAGGAAUUCCGGGCAGUGGAAAAUCCUAUCUGGCUCGUAUGAUCAAGGAAUGUGAGGUUAAAAAUGGCGGCCAAGCUCCUCGGGUGUUGAGCAUCGACGAUUACUUCUUGGUUGAAAGUGAAGAGCGCGAACCGGAUCCCGUUACAGGUCGUUUAGUUAUGGUGACGAAGUCCGAGUAUCAGUUCGAUGCCGAGAUGGAGGAGGUAUACAUGCAAAACUUGGUGAAAGCAUUUAAACGGACGAUUACUGAAAAAUUGUACAAUUUCGUCAUCGUGGAUUGUGUGAAUGAGCGGCUGCAGCAUUACAAUGAGUUCCACAACUUUGCUCGCAGUAACGGAUUUAAGGAAAGUAUUUCUCGACUAGCUAGGCCUUAGUUUUUCACGCUCAAU